UGAAUGUAGCCACGCCUCAAUCAGUGCCACUGUUAAAAGUACAGUUACAGGUUCUGCAAUGAAGAGAAGAAGUGCAGAGUCUGUGGAUGAGUUCCGACGGUCGCUGGACAUUGCAAAUAUCGAGAACAGAUUGCAGUCUGGGUUUGAAGUCAACAAGAUACGACCAAAGUCGGAUGAUUAUUCUGCAGGCUUGCACCUGGACGAUGAGCUGGUAAAGAACUCUGUACUGCAACUGGCAUACUGGGGUGAAACAAAUUUCUCUCCACCAAAGCGAAGAAAAUCAUUUCUUAAACGGCAAAAGAAAUCAACGUGCUCUAAUCCACCAUCUUCAGUAUUCGAAAGAUACAAUCUCUGUGAAAUGGGAGUUGGGCAUAGAUCGAAUCCACUUCUUCCGGCAACAAGAACAAGCACGAGAUCUUUCCAACAGUUUCCAUCAAUUCUUGCAAUGAUGAAUGACGACAAGCCAGUAACAUCACAACAGAGACGGAAGAGCUUCAAGUUACGAUCCCCUCUCAUCAAGAAAAACGGAAAUUUCAACGUUCAUCUGGCAUCAUCCAAAUCUGAAGCUACUAAGACAUUUCAGACAAGGAAAAAGCAAAGUCCAACACACAGCAAGAAACGAAAGUCAUUUGGUUGGACCAAAAAGAAACAGAAAUCAAACUGAGAAGUACCACGGAUCAACAACGUGACCAGCACAAGUUCUUGCAGUAAUUAAAACAGGCGUGUUUAGAAAAAGACAAACUGCUGUAAUGUUUCUGUCUUCAUGCGGUAGUUAAUCACUUACUGUAUUAAUGAUGAUUCAAUACUCCCUAAGGAUAACUAAUACUCAUACCCACUA